AUGUGUCAAGGAAGAAACGAAGGUGAAGAGGAUAGUACACUAAAAACUUAUUGCCUGAAAGAGGGAAAGGCAAAUAUUGGCUCUAAAAUUUAUUGUGAGCUGUGUAGUUCAGAAGCUUCUGUUUAUUGUCAAGCCGACGAUGCUUAUCUUUGCUGGAAAUGCGACAAAUGGGUUCAUGGGGCUAAUUUCUUGGCUCAGAGACAUGUAAGGUGCCUUCUUUGCGGUGUUUGCCGGAGCUUGACGCGACGGUUUCUGGUCGGAACUUCGUCGGAGGUGAUUUUGCCUACGGUUUUUACUUUGGGACAGAGAAGUAGAAGGAGAGAUGCUGAUUCUGAAUCAACUGACUCCAGAAAAGAGCCUUUCUUGUUUCUUUGA